AUGUGUAAGAUUGUUACACUUCAGCUAGAAACUCUGGAGCAAUGCGGCUUUAAUGCUUCUCUUCCUCUAGUGAUAAUAGUUCAUGGAUGGUCGAUUGAUGGUUACUUGGAACCCUGGAUCCCAAAGAUGGCAUCUACAUUCAAGUCAAGUAAAAAGCAAAUUAAUGUCAUCAUUGCUAAUUGGCUAACCUCUUCCCAUGUACACUAUGCAAUUGCUGUGCAAAAUACUCGAUUUAUUGGUCUAGAGAUAGCUGAAUUUCUGGAAUGGCUUGAGUCAUCUGUUCAGUUUCCAAGAAGUAAUGUUCACUUGAUUGGGUACAGCCUUGGAGCUCAUGUUUCAGGAUUUGCUGGCAGCUAUUUGAAUGGAUCGAACAAGAUUGGAAGAAUUACAGGACUUGAUCCAGCUGGCCCUUUAUUUGAAGGAAUGUCUGGAACCGACCGCUUGUCUCCAGAUGAUGCAACCCUUGUUGAUGCCAUCCAUACAAACACGCAACAGCAUAUAGGAUUAAGUGUUGGCAUUAACCAACCAGUUGGCCACUAUGAUUUUUAUCCAAAUGGAGGCAACAUACAACCUGGCUGCCAGUUUAAAGACAUAUACAACCAUUUAGUGGAGUAUGGUGUCCUUGGAUUCUCUGAGUCAGUCAAGUGUGCUCACGAGAGAUCAGUCAACUUGUACAUAGAUUCCAUAAAGAAUGAAGACAAAAAUCCCAUGGCAUACGAGUGUAAAGAUUAUGAUACCUUUGAGAAGGGCAUGUGCCUAAACUGUCAGAAACAUGGCUGUGUUUCCAUGGGGUAUAAUCUUACUUCAAAGAAAAUGUACCCUGGGCGUAGACUUUUUCUGAAGACACGAUCACUAAUGCCAUACAAAGGUAAGUGGAGCACAAAAACAGAUUAA